AGAAUUAUCAUUGCGCGACUGCUGAGUACAGCUGGAACCGGCUACCAAUAUACCACACGACGGCCACGGACAGCAGACAAGCUCGCCUUCAUGAAGUAUGACCCCAAGGUCAAGAAGCAUGUCCUUUUUAAAGAAACGGGAAAAGGUGGCGGGAAAUGA